CCGGAGGCAGGAGAAGCGAGAGCUGGCUGGCCUGCCGGCGGUUUGCAUGGGAGGAGUCAGGAACAAGAACUCUGCGCUCAGAGGAAGAAGAGGCAAAGUUUUGCAAUCUUCAGCACCCGCGCCGAGCCAAAGACAGCUACUGGAGUUGAGUCAGGCAGCGCAGGGCUGGGCCUCCCAGGACCAGGCCCACCAGGACUGCGGGGUCCUGCUCGAGGGUGGCGGCUGAGGAUCCUCACCGACCACAGCACAGGAGUCCCAGGGAGCCCGAGGGUCCGUCCCCCAGCCGGGCCAUGUCUCCCCAAGGAGCGAUGUCGCCGGGCCCCAACACCACCAGGCGAGUGGACUCCGAGUUCCGCUACACCCUAUUCCCCGUGGCCUACAGCAUCAUCUUCGUGCUGGGCAUCUUUGCCAAUGGCUACGUGCUCUGGGUCUUCGCCCGCCUCUACCCCACCAAGAAGCUGAACGAGAUCAAGAUUUUCAUGGUGAACCUGACGGUGGCCGACCUGCUGUUCCUGGUGACCAUGCCGCUGUGGAUCGUAUACUACUGGAACCGCGGUGACUGGAUCCUGCCCCCGUUCCUGUGCAAUGUGGCCGGCUGCCUCUUCUUCAUCAACACCUACUGCUCCGUUGCCUUCCUGGGCGUCAUCACGUACAACCGCUUCCAGGCCGUGACGCGGCCCAUCAAGGCGGCCCAGGCCACCACGCGCAAGCGGGGCAUCGUCUUGUCGCUGGUCAUCUGGGUGCUGAUCGUCUCCAGCGCCCUAUACUUCCUCGUAGCCGAAGGCACCAACAUAGCCAUCGAGGCAUCCGGCCGGAACGUGACCCGUUGCUUCGAGAGCUAUGAAAAGGACAGCCAGGCAGUACUGGCCAUCCACAUCUUCAUCGUCGCCAGCUUCUUCGCCGUCUUCUUGCUCAUCUUAGUGUGCAACCUGACCAUCAUCCACAUGCUGCUGGCCCAGCCGUCUCAGGCGCAGUCGGUGCGCGGCGCGGGUGUCAAGAGCCGCGCCCUGUGGAUGGUGUGCACCGUGCUGGCCGUCUUCAUCAUCUGCUUCGUGCCCCACCACGUGGUCCAGCUGCCCUGGACGCUGGCCGAGGUGAAGUGGCACAACCACCGGAGCCACCAGGGCAUCAACGACGCCCACCAGGUGACGCUCUGCCUGCUGAGCACCAACUGCGUGCUGGACCCGGUCAUCUACUGCUUCCUCACCAAGCGUUUCCGCAAGCACCUCACCGAGAAGCUGCGCAGCCUGCGCGGGAGCCGCAAGUGUUCCCGGGCCACCACCGAGACGGGCACCGACGGGGUCGCCAUGCCGCUUAAUGCCUUCGCCGGCUACUCCGUCAAGCAGUAGCCAGUCGCUGCUCCCAAGGACCAGCCCUCUCAGGCCGGGGACGGGACAGGGAUCUGGGCCGGGAGCCUGGAAUGGGCCUGCCCCCGCCAGCCACCUCCCGGCCCCAAGCCAGAGACCAGUAGACCCGGCUACCCACCGCUGGCCAGAACUGGGGGGAGCCACCCCCUCAGACCAUCCCCCUCAGGGUUCUGAUGCUAAAGAGGCCUAGCCUCCUUCAACCUCCACCCCACCCGGACGCCCCCACACUCCACCCUGGCACCCGGCCAGGAAAAUAUCUGGGCCGGGGGGCCCGAUUCUCCCCCAAGCCCCCACGCACCCCAUUAAGCCUCAUUCUUGCAAGCAUAAGAUUCCGUCACUGCCACAAGGCCAGGAAGGCUCAAGUCAAAGGGCCGGAGAGCCCCCAGGUGCCGCAGUGCUGCCGCCAGCUUUGGGCAAUGCUGCCGGCAGGGCGGUGUGGGUGUGUGGGUGUCGGGACAUGAGCGUGCAUGUGUGUGAGUGCGAGUAUAUGUGUGGCAGCGGCAGCAUGAAGCAUGGAGGCUGCCUGCCCCACCCCCGCCCUCCCUCCACACUCCCUGCGCUUGAUUGGCAUCUAUGGGGAGCCAGCCAGUUCCCCGGGGGGCCGGGGGCCUUCCCCGGGGUUCCACGGUGAUCCGAACCCCCCUCUGCCUGUCUGCCUGGCUCUGCCAUCGCAAGGUAUGGAUUAGUAAAUCUAUUUUUGAUACA